AUGGCAGAUAUCUAUGAUACUGUUGAUGGUAAACAGCGUGGCAGUGUUAAUCUUGCCCUUUGCCAGACUGGAGAAACCGAAGAGGCGAAUGAUGUCUGUAAUCUGUCCUGCCUGAACAGACUCUGGUUAUCACAUGAUUUGCACAUUGCUGUGGCUGUGAACUAUGUUAAUUUUGCUGUUUGUGUCAACUUGAGUAAUUUUUUCAGAAAACACCCUGAGAACUUGGAGUGUCUACAAAAUGCUUCUGAUAAUGCACCUUUGAAAGCACCUGCUGGCAUUGAUGAAGAUGACCUUGCCAGUUCGGUAUAUAGCAGUAAACAGCUCAACCUGUCAUUUCAAAUGGAUAGGUCUUGGAAAGCCCGCUUGAGAACUUUCUACAACCGGACUAAAGUAUCAUCGGCAGAAAGAUUCCUGCAAUGGUCUCCCUGGUAUCACCACCUGUCCAGCCAGAAUUCUCAUGAUGCAACCUGCAAUGUUAAUUCCUGUACAUCCUCUGUAGUGCCUUACGAUGAUGUUAGUAAAAACUUUGCCCAGGAAGAGGAGCUGAACAACAGAGCUGAUAAGUUGAGCGGGAUGGUGCAGCUUCGGGGGCUGAAGGAAUCCAUGAGCAUUCAGACAGUGUCUGUUUCUGAAUUCAGUGUUUUAUUCACUCUCGUUGCACCUGACUCGGGAGCAGUGACUGUUGCCUACUGGGACUUGGAGAAACAAGAGGUGAAAUAUCAUCAUAUCAGUGGCCGAUCCUUGCCGGUGGAAGGCGAUGGGAACGAUGAAUUAUCCCUGUUUCUCACAGAUGCUGGCCUUACCAUGGUGGUGUUUGCUUUCUCACAAGAAGAUCUAUUGAAUCGUUUAAUGAUUUAUGGGAAGGCAGGCAUUGUUGACUCGUUGUGCCAUCUCAAUCAUUGGAAUCGAUGUUCAAUUCCCAUCCAUGCGUUAGAGGCAGGGAUUGAGAACAGGCAGCUGGAUAUGGUCGAUUUUUUCCUGAAGAGCAAAGAAAAACUAUUUUGUGCUCCAGCAGCAAUUUUGGUGCAAGAACCUUCUGCAGCUGCGAUGAUGCCUUCAGUGCAACUAACAAAUGUUGAAGAAAUUAAGCCAGCUCUAGAUUUGCUAUGUUCGGCAAUCAGGGCAAAUGAUUCCGAACCGCAAGGCAAGCAGUUCUCUGAACAGCUUCUGAACCUUACUUUGGCUUUUCUCAACAAACAAAUGCAAGAACUUCUAACCCAGUCAGUAGAAUCCCAGCCUUUGUGCCUCCUUUUAUUUCCCCUGAGUCAGAAGGAAUUUUGUGAAAAAAAUAUUAAUUUUGUGGGCCUUUCCAGCAUUUUUCAGGCUGAAAAUAUUGAUCCCAGUUUUGCAGCUGUCCUGGAGCCUAUUAUGAACUCUGAAGUUGGAAAUGCUGAGCACCCAGAAGGAGGUUCAAACUCUUGUAUGGUCAUUUUGGAUUGGGCCAAAUGUUGGGAUGAGGUUGCAAAAGAGCGAAUAAAGUUAUGUAGAGAAUUGGAUAUGACAAUUCAAUCUUGUAGCCCUGAGGUAUUGUGGACCUGCCUCACAUCCAGACAUUGUUGGGCAAAAGUUUGUGACUGGAUUGAAAUCUUCCAAACUAAUGAGAAUUCUGCAAAUUGGCCACCUCUGACGCCUGAUAUUGUGAAUCAGGGCACACAUUGCAGUAACUACAUGAGAAAUCAGAUAUUGGACAUGUUGGCAAGAAAAGGAGUAUUCAUCCGUUCAGAGCUAGCAGACUUUAGACAGCUCCUGGUCAGACUAAGCGGCUCGGGGGGAGUGAUGCAGAAACCUCACCCAGUUCCAGUUUACCAGUCUCCUGAUGGGCUUGACUUCUACAGCUGUUUCAUCCUCUUCUGCCUUGAGCAUGAGCUGCGCUAUCUUUUGUAUGCUUACCUGGAUUAUUAUGGGUUGAAACCCUCCAACUGUCCUCUACUAGAUGAUAGAGCACUCCAUGCGGCUCAUCCCUGGUUUGAGUUUCUAGUGAGAAUGAGAGAGGUUGCUGAUAAGCUAGACACAUCUGUGACAUUCCAAGCGAGUCUAGCCAAUGCUCAAAUGCUGAUUCCCAGCAAUCAAGCCAGUGUCAGCAGCAUGCUGCUAGAGGGACACACUCUGAUGGCAUUAGCCACUAUUAUGUUUGCUCCUGGAGGAAUUGAUCAGGUAAUGCGGGAAGGAAAAGAUGUUAGUGAUUCUCUCUGGAAAGUAGACUCUCAGUUGCUGAAGAUGGCACUGUCUCCUUAUCCCAAGUUGCGCACUGCUCUUUUUCCACAGCUCACUCCUUCUGGCAUUCCACCGUUGGACAUCUCUCUGUAUCAUCUCUUGCAGUCAUUGCACCCCUUUGAUCCAUCACGCCUGUUUGGCUGGCAGUCUGCCAAUGUGCUCUCCACUUGUGACCUAUCAAAUGAUUUACCUCAUUUCUCUUGCCCUGACCUGGUGAAUAAGUAUGCCAUAACUGAACGUCUAGAUUUUUCGUACUACUUGCGUCAUGGGCGGCCAUCGUAUGCAUUUGCAACCUUUCUGGUGCAACAGCUCGCAAAGAGCAAUUCGCUCAAGCAGUUGAUACAACAAGCAAGCGUUGAGGCAUAUGCUGUGGGGUUAGCUCACUUCACCGUACCCGCUGUUGCUGCCGCCUGUGUUGCCUUUCUUGAAUUACUUGGUGUUUCCAGCUUUAAACUGAGAAUUGAUCUUAAAGUUGCAGAUGCCAUUUUGAAACAUUGGCGCACAAAUGCAGAGGAGACUCAACACAGUCUGUUACGAGACACCUUGGCUGAGAAACUUCAGAACUUGAUUGAAUUUAAUGGAUCGUCAGCAGAGGAGUUGCUGACCCAUUUAGAAAAUGCCACUUGGGAGAACUUAAACAGGAAUAUAAACAGGGCAUCUUUUGAAGCUGGUCAGGAGUGGUCACUGGUGCCGCAAUUCUGUAAGCUUCAUGGCAUUUCCCUCAGCUUGGCCUACCUCCAGGAAUGUGCCCGAGAGGAUGAAUGGCUGCAGUUUGUGAUCUUUGCUCAGCUUCACAACUACCAGCCAGAUAAGGUGAAGGCACUAUUAAAAGACUUCAGUCCUGUUCUUCAAGAUCACCUGACACUAGCUUUUCAGAACUUGCAGUUUGUUGCACAAGUAAAUCCUGUAAGUUGUUCUGUAACCAAGCGAGAAACCGACAAGAAAGAUGAAUCUCCAGUGGAUCUUUUUCAAGUUCUGUAUUGGUGCCAGGAGAAACCAAAGCCUUGGCGUUAUCUGUUGAGUGAAGCGGUGCGACGCGGUGCCCCCGUGUUGAGUGUUUUGGCUGCAUGUUUUCAGGAAACUGAUGUUCUUCAGUGUCUUUGUGUUUGGGUUGUUAUGACAUCAGAUGAUGCAAUUGUCUCUGAAGUUACAAAACAUAUUAAUGAUUCAAUAGAAUAUCAUGAAUGGAAUCUCCAUGAUCUUUCGCUGAUGUGGAAAGUGUUAUUGGAAAGAAGAAAAACUAAACCACUUGUUCGAGGAUUUCAGCUUUUUCAGAAGGACUGUCCGUGGGUCUACAUGUUGGAGAUGUAUGAACUGUGCACAGAACAUAAGAAUUAUCAAGAAUCAAAGUUGAAACUUCAGGAAUUCCAGAAAUGCUUACUGAAUUUGAAGGCAGCAGAUUCAGCAGGUACUGACAUCCCAUUCCAGUGGAUGGAAUCACAAGCUGGUAUGCUUCUGAAGCUGAUGAUACAACAGAGUCCAACACAGUAUGAACUUGGAAAGCUGCUGCAGAUACUGGCAGAUGUGGACUGUGCCCUGAAAAUAACUGAAGACUUUGGUCUGGAUUUCCGAAAACUGAGCAGACUCAGUCAGCUCCUGCAAGACACCUCGAUCUCUAUUGAUCCUUCCCUCCUUGUUGACUACAGCACAGGCACUUUGCAGAAUGUAUGUGGACAAAUUCUGGACCAACUGCAGAAGAAAGGACUUCUUGCUUUAGCUAGACAAGUGGCUGACCUAGGCCAGCUUCCGGUAGACCACUUAGUGGUCUAUGAGGUCACUCAGGAGCUACAAAAUUUGAAGCAAUGUGGUCAAUGGCAAAGGAAGGAGACCAGGAUAAAUUUUUGGAAGAAAUGCCAUGAUUGUUUCAAAAAUUACUUGAUAUCCAAUGUAGUUGCCUCUGAAUUCUUUCUGGCCCAGGUCAACGAGAUACCAAUAAUUAAAACACAACUGCCUCCAGCUUUCAAAGAACAGUCUGUGAACAUUCAGGAAAGAUGUCUGCUGUUGACCAUGGCCGGCCAUUGGAUGUCACAAAGCAAUCCCCCAAUCCUGGACCAGUUGGAAGAGCUGGAGAAGAGGAUUUGGUUGUGUCGUAUCAGUCAGCAGACCUUGCUAAUGUCCACAACUUCAAGAUUUUCCUGGCAGGUUUCAGUCUGUGGUGAAAUAACUUUUGAUGAAGCCAUCAAAGAGUUCGUAUUCUCAAAACUGCCUGCUCUGAACUCGCCAAAGUAUCUCCAGCUUGAAGGGUUUCCCGACAAGGACAUGGCUUCCAGCUGUGCACUGGACACUGCAGAAAGAGAGGCUCUUAAUAUUUUGAUCGGCGAGUUGUUAGAUGGAGGCUGCGUUCAUGAAGCCAGUAGAGUCUGUAGAUAUUUUGAAUUUUACAACCAAGACACAUCUCUCGUUCUCCACUGCAGAGCCUUGGCUUCAGGAGAACUACAAACAGUAGAUUUUCACCCCUCAAUGCAGAUCAUAUUUAACGGAGAGAUAGGAUUCCAUCGAAAAAGGAUUCCAAGUUUGAGCAGUAUAGCUUCAUCAUUUGGCCAGUAUUCUGAAGAAGACAGUGUUAAAGACCAGGUCGUUAAGGAUCUUCAAAUUCUCACAAAUGAGUGCCAUCACGGCAAAGGUUAUUGUCGUCAGGUUCUUAGCUUGUAUCAACUCUCAAAGGAGCUUGGCUGUUCUUUCAAUGACAUAUCAACCCAAGAUUCUGAUACUGUUCUGCGAGAAGUAUUGUCGUCUCAACAGCCUGACCGAUAUAAAAAAGCCCAGGCAUUUAUCUCAACCCAAGAAUUGAAGCCAGAAGCAGUGGCAGCACUUAUAGCUGAUGAAGUUGUUCAGGCUUCACUCUCUUCAAUAGAAGCCAAAGGAGUGAGACCAAUUUAUAAGCUCCUUGAUGGGAAGGAGGCUUUCCUGCAGCUCGCUAAACUAUGUCAAGACCCGAUCCUCGUUGGCACCAAGCUGUUGGAUAAAAUUUCGUCAAUUCCAAAUGGGGAACUGGAAUGCACUGUUGAGCUCCUGAUUCUGGCACAUGACUGUUUUAGCCUGACCUGUCACAUGGAGGGGAUCAGUCGAGUGUUGCAAGCUGCACGCCAUCUCAGUCAUAAACACCUCGCACCCAAAGAAGAGUACAGCCUUAUGGUCCGGUUGGUGACUGGCAUUGGCCGAUACAAUGACAUGACGUACAUAUUUGACCUACUACAUGAAAAUCAUAGGUUUGAAAUGCUACUGAGGAAAAAUGUUGAAUCAAAUGGAGACCUGAAGACAGCUUUGCUAGAUUACAUCAAGCGCUGUCUCCCCGGGGAUAGUGAAAAACACAACAUGGUGGCUUUUUGCUUCAGCAUGUGUCGUGAGAUUGGGGAAAAUCACGAGGGUGCAGCCCGUGUACAACUUAAAAUCAUAGAGUCGCAAUCCUGGGAAGUGACUCCUGAAUUGAAGAAAUCUCUGGUGAAAGUCUUGAAUUUUUUGAAAGAUGCUGCUGAGAGCUAUUCGAAGGACUCGUGUAUCCGACGUGCCUCUCAGUGUGUGAAACUGGCCAAACUGGUCACUCUGCAGCUCCAUCUCCUAAACAACAGUCAGGACGUGCAAUUAAUCAAUCUCCAGAGAAAUGAUCUGAUGCCAUGUAUCCUCUCCUUGCCGAGGUUCUAUCAGGCUGCUAUAGUUGCAGAGGCAUAUGACUUUGUACCUGAUUGGGCUGAGGUGCUAUACGAACAUGUUAUAGUUCGUGGCGAGUUUUCCUACCUUGAGGAGUUUAAGCAACAGCACCACCUGCAACACAGUCUGUUUGAAGAGAUUUCGAACAAGUUUAAACAACACAAGGGAGAUACUGCAGCAAGUCAGAACUUGAAGAGGUUACUGCAGUACUGUGAGAAUAUUUAUCUGGUUUACAAACUGGCUUAUGAACAUAACUUCACUGAUAUAGCAAAUAAGCUCCUUAAAGAACCUCAGACAAGUUGCUAUCUGAAUGACAUGAUUGCCAGUUAGGUGUUGGUACUCACUGUUUCUAGUAGUGGUAAACUUUUUAAAAUGCUAUCUAAACAAAUGUUAUAUAAUUGUUUAAAAAAAAGUGUAAAUAGUUUGUGUAAUCUAAUUUUUUUUUAUGUUCCUGAAAAGCAAUAAACAACGCAUGCUAAAAA